CUUAUUCAUUCUUCUUUCUCUACCUUCCCUCUCGUCGCCGUUCAGCAGGCCUUUCGACGAUGGCCAAGGGUUUUCUUGCGGGGUUGAAGGGCAUCGAUGCGUUCGGCAAGACUACUGAGGAUGUCAAGGUCAAAACUCGUACUGGCGCGUUCCUGACGCUCCUGUCUGCUGCCAUUAUUCUAUCCUUUACUUUGAUGGAGUUUGUCGACUAUCGUCGGGUGUACACCGACACCUCCAUCGUUGUGGACCGUAGUCGGGGUGAAAAACUGAGUGUGCGCAUGAACGUCACUUUCCCCCAUGUCCCCUGCUACUUGCUUAGUGUGGACGUCAUGGAUAUUUCUGGUGAGACGCAGCGCGACGUGUCGCACAAUGUCGUGAAGCAGCGGCUGGACAAGACUGGGAAGGGUAUCGCGGGCUCCCGGUCGGGUGACCUUCGAAACGAGAUCGACAAGCUCGCUGAGCUCCGUGGGCCGGAUUACUGUGGUUCUUGCUAUGGCGGCUAUACCUCCACUGACAAUGGGUGCUGCAACUCCUGCGAGGAGGUCCGUCAGGCUUACGUCAACAAGGGAUGGAGUUUCGGCAAUCCAGAGGGAAUUGAGCAGUGCACGCAAGAGGGUUGGACUGACAAAGUCAAGGACCAGGCGGAUGAGGGGUGCAACAUCUCAGGUCGCAUUCGUGUCAACAAGGUCGUCGGUAACAUCAACAUCUCGCCCGGCCGUUCGUUCCAGACGGGCUCGCGCAACUUUUAUGACUUCGUGCCGUACCUUAAAGAGGACGGUGGCCAGCAUGACUUCACACACUACAUCGACGAGCUCACUUUCUUGGCUGAUGACGAGUACAACCCAAACAAGAUGAAACAUGGAAAAGAGUUGAAGCAGCGUAUGGGUCUCGACAGCAACCCCCUUGAUGGCUUCAAGGCGUCGACUACGAAGAAGAUGUUUAUGUAUCAAUAUUUCCUGAAGGUCGUUUCGACUCAGUUCAGGACGCUAAACGGCAGAACCAUCAAUACUCACCAGUAUAGUGCUACGCACUUUGAGCGUGAUCUAUCCCGAGGCAUGGGAGGUGGUGAGAACAACCAGGGUGUCUAUGUCCAGCACGGUGCUGGUGGUGCCCCAGGUGCCUACUUUAACUUUGAAAUCUCACCCAUACAAGUCGUCCACGCAGAGACGAGACAAUCGUUUGCUCACUUCCUCACCUCGACCUGCGCAAUUGUGGGAGGUGUCCUCACUGUUGCUGCUUUACUUGACAGCUUCCUCUUCGCCACAAGCCGUGCGCUGAAGAAGGGCAGUGGGAUGAACGGGAGCGCAAAGCUUAUGUAGUUAUUCUGCUUAUGUAUUUUUGUAUGACUGCUCGCCUCCAUAAAUAUUUAGAUUCUGU